AUGUCGUCCGCAAAUGCAGCUAAGAGUAUGUUCUACAAGAUAACCCAGACUAGGUCAACUAUUGGGUGCCAUCCAAGAAUCCGUAAAAAUAUUGAAGCUUUGGGAUUAAAGAGGAGAAAUCAAAUAAUUUAUCAAAGAGUGUCACCUUCUACUGCUCAUAGAAUUAGCGUUGUCAAGGAAUUAGUUAAAAUUGAGUUAGUUGACAAGCCUAAAUCACAAGAUGAGUUAGCUGCUGAUAGAAAGUUCAACCCUGGAUUUGAAAUGAUAAAGGGUGACAUGCUCAAUAAAGUUUACCAAUAA